AUGCCUAACAAGUAUUCACAUGGACUUGUUCUCUCUCAACAACAGUAUCGGGGCAUCAUCAACAACACCGAUCGCCCUCUGUCCUUGAAGACUCCCCCUGCACGCAAUUCCAGAUCCCAUAUUCACUCCACUGCAUCGUCAAUUCGCUCUUCCUCAAACUACUCGACUCAACGCUGUGUGUAUUCGGAUUAUCUCCGUCUCGAGCCUGACCCCGAACCAGAGCCUUCGUACGAUUACAGGACUUCUACCCGUAAACGUCCUCCAUCUUUCCAAUCAACACCUUCAGACCCUCCCCGAUUCGAGUCCACGUCUUCCGAACCGUCACGUCCACCCUCAGACCAGCUUCGCCUCGAGUCUCCCUUCGGUUUUCGAAUAGAAACCCGGCCUUCGCCACCUCCCGAGUUCGAGCCUACGCUUUCAGAGCAUCCACAUUACGAACUAUCCUCUCCACACCGUCCCAAUUCCGAGUCUUCAUCCCUAGAGCGGCUUCGUCUAGGGACUCCUUUUCCCCUUCGUCCUGGAAACCCUAGGCCAUCUUUGCACCACAAAAGCUCCUCUGUCGAAACACAGAUAUAUGCUCCCGAGGCCACCAUCUCGCCUCCACCCACACGGGAACGCCAAGACCUAAUCUCUGUAGAGACACAUGAGUCCUAUCCCACGCCUCCUUCAUUCACAGAAGAGCGCCAACAUGUAUUCUCGAUGGGGUUCCCGGAGACUUCCCCACCUCCUAUAUUCACAGAAGACCGCCAAGGGCGCUUUCCAUCGGAGACUCAGCGUGCCUAUUUGCCUUCUCCAACACGAGACCGCCGACAAAACUUCGUACAGAAGACUCAGGCCCUAGCUUCGCCCACGCUCUUACAAAGUCGUCAAGCCCAUUCUCCUUUUGGGACGCAGAAUUCGCCUUUGUUUCCCUCUGCUCGAGAACUCCAAGAUUACUUCUCCAUAGCAACGCAGGGCUCACAGUCAACUCCUGCUGCGACAGAAGACCGUCGAGGUGGUUCCUCCGUGAAAGCCCGCUCCGCCUUGCUUACUCCAUCCCAGGAUGACCAGGUUCGUCCUUCAUUGGAUAUACAGCGAUUGCAGUCGUCUUCUCUAACAUCAGACCACCAACGUCGCCCCUCUUGGGGGACGCAGCACUCCUCUUCUGGGCGUCGACCCCAGAUUACGCAGGGAUCAGUCCACGGCCGGAGACAGUCGAUUGAUUCACAAAAUGCAAGAGAUCGCCAAAAUCCACCUCUUUUGGGCCCUCGGCAAUUAUCUCUGAAUCAGUGUAUCAAGGAAACACAGCACAGCCGGAGACAAUCCAUUGAUCCGAACACUGCACAAGAGCGCCAACCUCGCCGUUCUCUGAGCACCCAGCAGCUAUCUUUGGAACAAUUCAUCCAAGAGUCGGAGCACACUCGGAAUCCUUCGACUGAUUCGCAGAUCUAUUCACCUCAACUGUCAUCAUCAUACACGGGGAGAUUGAAUUCACGUCAAACGAACUCAGCAAAUGCUCAAAGAUAUACUCCCAGGAGCACGUCGCUCGAGCAUAGCCCUCGAUCACGCCGGGAUCGGCCCUCAGCGCUUCCAGGUACAUUUGCUUCGCAGCACAGAAUACUACUACCCACCAGCCAGGGCGCUUACGACAACGUCUUGAUUGAAACUCAUGGAUUUCCUCCUGAACGCCCACCUUCCCCCCCGGCGACGCCGGACUCGAGCAAAAGCUUCUCGCUGACACAACGGGCGGAAGAACUCCAAAGGACAAGACCUCCACCAGUCCCACAACGUAGCGCAAGGCGCAGCCCUCCACGACAGCGAUCCAUUUUACGAUCGACCAAUUCGUCGGUUGUUUACCUCCCUUCCGAGCCUCCAAGACCGGAAACCUCUUCAGCUAUGGAUUCCCCGACCAACUCGAGAGAAGGCACGGCUUUGCAUUCUCCAACGUUUUCUCCACGGAGAUUUUCGACCAACGCAACCAUGUCUCCCCAAUCUGUGUCUUUCUCUAAUUUUAGUGAGACAAUGACAUCUCCCCGGCGGGUGUCGUUCAGCCAGUCUAGAGACAGGGAAUACUUCGAGGACGCAGAUCUUGAGUCUCUACCUUCAGAGAUUGACUUUAAUGUCUUACCUUACGAGGACCACAACGCCGGCCCGGCCAUUUUUCGUGCCACCCAGUUAGGACUCGAAACCCCAGUCUCACCUCGCUACGAAAACCCCCUUGCCGGGCCAGCCUCCUUUCGCGCCAGUCAACCAGGACUUGGAAAACCAGUCUCACGUGAUAGACGGGUCUCAUCUCGUGCCUCGUCCUUCGACUCCGCGGCUCCUCCACCCAUUGGCUUGAACAGACGCAUAUCCCACGCCAUUGCUGAAUCAUACCAAGCUAGAAUGCCCAAAAAAGAAAGCAGAAUGUCACUACUUUCAUUCCUACGAUCAACGCCCGCUCCCAAAGCCAUUCUUUACUCUGAAGCUACCCAAGGCAAACCGCCAAUCCCAGUGUCCGUCUCGAGAACUUCCGCUCCCUCCAUUCCAUUGCUCUUCCCCGGAUACAGGGGUCAAUUUCCACCGAUGCGAAAGAUGCAAGAUAAGGGUUUGAGGUCUGGACUUGAGCCGAGGGUGAGACCUGGGUUAAACGCACGAACAAGCGCACCACGGAGUACUGCUCAUACAGAUGCGGCGGAGAAGAGGAAGUCGUGGUUCAUGGGCGAUGAUGACGACAAAAGCCACGGAGCAGGUCGUCCCGCGAGGAAAGCGGAGCUUGAGAGGAUAUUGAGCAAUCUGUGA